GCCCUGGCCAGAAUACACCAUCGCCGCGAACCAUGUCGCAGAGCAACCUCGGAUACGGCCUGAAUCUGAGAAAAAAGACGCCGUUUGGCCAGGGCGCCGCCGCUCGCUCGUCUGUGGCGAAGCCAUCGGGCUCGUCGUUUGCGCCGAUCUCGCUCAAGCGCAACAUCAAGACCAACGCGGCCUUCAAAAACGAUGAUGAUGAUGAUGACGAAGAAGAGGGCGACGUUGCCAUCACCGAGCUGUCGUCGGCACCAAAGUCUCUCCGGGACGCUGCGUCCAUAUCCCAGAGCGCCGCCAAGACUGUCAAUAAGGAGCUGAGGGCCGUCUACAAGCAGCAGGAAAAGAUUGCCGAGGAGGCCCAGAGGAAGGCGAUCGAGCUCGAUGCAACGGUCUUUGACUAUGACACAGUAUACGAUCAGAUCAAGCAAGAGCGGGAUCGCAAGAAGAUCGAGAGUCGUGGCAACAGCAAGAAGCCCAUAUAUAUGGAGGCAUUCUUCAAGGCGGCCGCUCAACGCAAGCUCGACCGCGAACAAGCCGAGGAGCGCAAAGUCCAAAAGGAGCGCGAGGCCGAGGGCGAAGAGUUCCAGGACAAGGAAAAGUUUGUCACUGGCGCAUACAAGCAGAAGCAGGAAGAGCUGCGGCGGCUCGAGGAAGAGGAACGGAAGCGCGAAGAGGCCGAAAACAAGCCGGCGACACAAGAGGACAUGGCGGAAUUCUACCGACAUAUGCUCCACCAGACCGCUCGGGCAGCGGUGAUGCCGUCCGACUCUGCGAAAGCAGUACAGCCAGCCACGGGCCAGCCAGAUUCCGCAGCGUCCAAAAUCGAGGACGAAAGCAAUGGCGAUGUCGAACGCAACGAACGACUCAAGCUUGCAGCUGCAGCUGGCGUGGCUAUCAAUGACUCGGACGAAGUCGUCGAUAAGCGUGAUCUGCUGUUUGCCGGUCUCAAUGUCUCGAAAAAGAAGCUCAAGGCCAUCGAGGACGAAAGGCAGCAGGCAAUCGAGGCCCGGCUCGAGGCCGAACAAAAGCGACAGGAAGAACUCAAGAUACGCAAGCAGGAGGAGGAGCGGCGCCGAGUUGCUCGCGAACAGGCCGCUCGAUCGCGUGAGCUCCUGCAGAAGCAAAAGGAGGAGAUGGAGGCGGAAGAGAAGAAGCGCAAGGAACAGGAGCGUGUGGAGAUCCGCGAGAAGCUGGCCCGCAAGGCGACCGAGGAGACUGUCUCGGACGCUCGCGCACGAUACCUGGCCCGCCGGAAGCAGGCCUCGAAAAAGAGCGACGAUAGCGGCGACAGCGAGUAAUUGCGGGGCGGCUGUAGCGCAACAGAGACGGCAUGGGACAUGGAGGCACUUGAACACGGCUGAGGGCUUUGCGUGGGCCUCAAUCCCGCACCAUGGCUGUGUGCGAUUCCCAGGCACUCCAUAGGUGGAC